AUGGCAUCAUCAGUGUUUUUCAAGUUCAAGUCUCAGAAGGAACCUACGCGAGUGGAAUUUGAUGGGACUGGUAUAUCUGUCUUUGAGUUGAAGCGUGAGAUUAUUAUCAAGAGUGGCCUGGGCGACGGCACAGAUUUCGAUCUUUUCAUAUAUACAGAUGACAACAGCGAAGAAUACAACGAUGAUACUACCAUCAUUCCCAGGUCGACUACUGUCAUUGCGCGGCGACAGCCCGCCCUCAAACCUGGAGCUGGCCGAGCCGCGAGAUACGUGUCCGGCAAAAUGCCCGUCUCGGCCAAAAAUGCCGGUAGAAAGGAACAGUCAUCCAAGGCAUCUUCGUCCAAGCCAAGCGCCACUGCUAUAAACGAAAUGAACAAUGCAAUGACGGAAGAAGACAGGAUGGCGGCCAUGUUUGCUGCCCAGACAGAGCAGUGGUCAGCUCAACAAGAAGAGAUGUCGCAUCAAGCUUUUGUGUUCAAACCCGGCGCAAAAAGACCGGCAAACGUGCCCGACCACGAUCCUCCCACCGGAUACAUCUGCUACCGAUGUGGCAACAAGGGCCAUUGGAUUCAGCUUUGCCCAACAAACGACGACCCUGAUUUUGACAACAGACCCCGCGUGAAAAGGACGACGGGGAUUCCGCGCUCAUUCCUUCAGAAAAUUGAUAAGUCUGUUGUUCUGGCCCAGACAGAUGGUGACGAUUCUAAAAGGCCAUCUGGCAUCAUGGUCAAUGCUGAAGGAGAUUUUGUCAUUGCGGAGCCAGACAAGGCGUCGUGGGAGCAAUAUCAGGCAAAAGCCAAAUCAUCGUCUACAACCAAUCGAGAGGCGCAGGCUGAAGAUAAAGAGGUGCAAGAGAGAGGUCUGCAAUGUCCAAUUGACAAGAAGAUGUUGAUAGAACCAAUGAAGACGCCGUGCUGUAAGAAGACGUUUUGUAAUGAUUGCAUAACCAAUGCUCUCAUAGAAAGCGACUUCGUUUGCCCCGCUUGUCAGACGGAAGGUGUGUUGAUCGAUGACCUCCAACCGGACGACGACGUCUCCAAGUCAAUCCAGGAGUAUCUGAAGGAGAAGGAAACUGCCAAGUCGCCGCCGCCGCCGCCGCCGCCGUCAUCUCCCAAGGUUCAAGAUGGCGUCACCAACAGCGCUCUUGGUACUGCCAGCGCAGAAAACAAGAUCGAGGAGCAAGGCAAGCAAGAAGCCGCCGCCAAGGGCGUGGUCAAGGAAGGCGAUGGCGAGACGAGCCGAACUUCGUCGUCGCCUGAUUACGCCGCCGUCAAGUCGCCUCCGAAAGCGGCAGAUGGUGCAAGUCAUCCUGGCGGCCUCGAGGUCAAGCAGCCGGGCGGUUCGUCGCAAUUGCAAGAAGUCAGCUCCAAAAAGCGACCAGCGGACGAGCUCCUUGAGAACCCGAAAAUUCCCAAGGGCCCGAGAGCGAUGCAGAACCAGCAGCACGUGAGCCAGGAUAGCAUGAACCCCAUGAACAACAUGAUGAACGGCAUGCCCAGCAUGGGUAUGAAUGGCAUGAUGUUUAGCGGCAUGGGAAUGCCCAACAUGAGCAUGGGGAUGGGGAUGGGAAUGCCAAUGAUGGGUAUGCCGAUGAUGGGCGGCAUGCCCAGCUAUGGAAACAUGAAUGGCGGAUUUGGUGGCAUGGCUGGCAGUUGGGACAUGAAUGGAAUGGGUGGGAUGAAUGGGGUGAACGGCAUGAGCGUCAUGAACGGCAUGAACGGCAUGAACGGCAUGAACGGCAUGAACGGCAUGAGCCCCAUGAACGGCAUGAGCCCCAUGAAUGGCAUGAAUGGCAUGAACCCCAUGAACGGUAUGAAUGGCAUGGGCAGCAUGGGCAUGAAUGGCAUGCAAGGGAACAUGAGCAUGGCCAACAACAUGGGAACCUUUAACGGCGGAAUGAGCGGAUUUCAGAGCGGGCAGAGCUUUAUCCAGCAAACCCAUCAAGGCGAGGAAGACGCGUACUUUCGAAAACCCGUCAAUCCGCACCGCCAUCAGAACAAGCAACGACGCAUUCGGCCUAGCGAUUACCGCGAACUAUGA